AUGAAUAUGAUGACUUUUUUGACAAAUCACAAUGUUAAAAAUGUUGUCGAUUUGCUAGAACCACAAGAGGUCGGGAAAUAUAUCAUUGUUGGUACCAUUUAUGGUAUCCGACAAGAUAUUGAUUGGUAUUAUGAUGCGUGUUCAAACUGUGGAAGGAAAGUUGAACCAAGAAACGUGUUCAGCGGUCCAGAUAGUGGUGAUGCAAGUGUGGUUGUUGAAUGCUAUAAUCCUAAGUGUAAAAAUAAGGAGAUAUCUCCAGUUCCAAGGUAUAAAAUACGUAUUCGUGUCCUAGAUGAUUCUGGAACAAUCACACUAACUAUGUUUGAUAGAGAUGCUUAUAAACUCGUCAAAAAACGUGCAAGUGAUCUCAUAGAGAAAAUCAAAUAG